AUGGAUGAGAUGGGCUCUAGAGGUGCAUCAACACCGUGGCAGCCAGUUGAGCUUGUUUUCAAGCGUUACAUCCCACUGAAUGGACCUGCUAUCAGAGGUGGGACAUUGCUUGCUACUGCCAAUAAGAAGAAGUCGGUAGUGGUGAGACUAACUAGAGGCUUGGUUGAGACAUACAAAAUGUGCAAUUCACAGUUCAAAUAUAGAGGAGAGUUGAAUCCCAAGCGGUACUUGACUACUCCAUCGGUUGGUGUGCUCAAUGAUGGCUUUGAUAAUGCCAACUCCGACCUAAUUCUGGCUGUAAAUGAUGAUUUGUGCAGUUCAGAUUCACGGCAGAGAUACAUUGUCAAAGAUCUUCUUGGCCAUGGGACUUUUGGUCAGGUUGCUAAAUGCUGGGUUCCUGAGACAAACAGUUUUGUUGCUGUAAAAGUAAUAAAAAACCAGCCUGCAUACUAUCAGCAGGCGCUGGUCGAAGUAUCUAUUUUGACAACGCUAAACAAGAAGUAUGAUCCAGAGGAUAAGCACCAUAUUGUUCGCAUUUACGACUACUUCUUACAUCAACGUCAUUUGUGUAUAUGCUUUGAACUUCUGGACAUGAAUCUGUAUGAGCUCAUAAAAAUAAAUCAAUUUAGAGGUCUCUCGUUAAGCAUAGUCCAGCUCUUCUCUAAGCAGAUCUUACUUGGUUUGGCUCUUUUGAAAGAUGCUGGCAUAAUUCAUUGUGAUCUAAAGCCAGAGAACAUUCUUCUGUGUGCCAGUAUUAAGCCAACUGAAAUUAAGAUAAUCGACUUUGGAUCAGCGUGCAUGGAAGACCGGACUGUUUAUUCAUAUAUUCAGAGUCGUUACUACAGAUCGCCGGAAGUUUUACUUGGUUACCAAUACACUACAGCUAUCGACAUGUGGUCUUUCGGAUGCAUUGUCGCGGAGCUAUUUCUUGGAUUGCCCCUGUUUCCAGGAGCUUCUGAAUUUGAUAUCAUGAGACGUAUGAUUGAAAUACUGGGAAAGCAACCACCUGAUUAUGUGCUCAAGGAAGCCAAAAAUGCGAAUAAGUUCUUUAAAUGUGUUGGGAGUGUCCACAAUUUAGGGAAUGGUGGAACUCAUGGCGGCCUCAAAAGUGCUUAUAUGGCACUGACAGAAGCAGAAUUUGAAGCUAGAGAAAAGAAAAAGCCAGAUAUUGGGAAAGAGUACUUCCGCCAUAAGAACCUUGAAGAAAUUGUAAAAGGCUAUCCGUACAAAAUAAACUUGCCUGAAGACGAUGUUGCCAAAGAAACUCAGAUCCGGUUAGCUCUUAUAGACUUUUUGAGAGGACUUGUUGAAUUUGAUCCAGCCAAACGUUGGUCACCUUUUCAGGCUGCUAAGCACCCUUUUAUCACUGGGGAACCUUUUACGUGCCCAUACAACCCUCCGCCAGAAACACCUCAUCAUGUUACUCAAAAUAUCAAAGUGGACCAUCAUCCAGGGGGAGGGCACUGGUUUGCCGCUGGUCUUUCUCCUCACGUAUCAGGGAGAACCAGAAUCCCUAUGCACAAUAGUCCCCAUUUUCAGAUGAUGCCUUACUCACAUGCAAAUAGUUAUGGGAGUAUCGGAAGCUAUGGCAGCUACAAUGAGGGUACUAUACAGGGAAGUAGCUACGGGAGCUAUGGAGAUAACAGCAAUAUGUUUGCCUAUUAUUCACCUGUGAAUCAUACUGGCCUAUACAUGCAAAACAGAAGUGGUGUCCCAACGGUUGGAACUAGUCCUGACGCCAGACGUAGGGUUAUGCAGUAUUCACAACCACAUGGAAAUGGCCUUGGUACAAGUCCAUCCACGGGAAACUUUGCUCCACUACCCCUCGGCACUAGUCCGUCACAAUUUACUCCACCAAAUUCAAACCAUCAAUUUCUAUCUGGCUCUCCUGGACACCAUGGUCCGACAUCUCCAGUAAGAAACAGUUGCCACGGGUCUCCUUUAGGAAAAAUGGCGGCAUUCAGUCAGUUUAACAGAAGACAAAGCAUUGGAUAUUCUGGAGGUUCUCAGUCUCAGGAUUCUUCCUUGCCACAAGCGCAAGGGCACGAGGUGGACAAUUUACAUCAAAAUGAGGGUUAUUCUGGGCAAUUCUCUGGUUCACUUUCACAUCGGCAUUUGGAUCCGGGGUUCCAAUACUGUAAACAGACACAAGGAGGUUCUGGGUACUCUACCUAUAAUAUUUCCAGCUCAUCUCUUCGGUCCAAUAUGUAUAACCCUUCCAGUACUGGACCCAAUAUUGAGAAUACGGAAAAUGCCUUAUCAGAGCCUGAUCCAGGGGAUUGGGACCCAAAUUACAGUGAAGAAUUGCUUCUACAAGAAGAUAGCGCAGAUGAAAGUAAUAUUGUUAAUGCAUUCAGUAGAGGUAUGCAACUUGGUUCAACAGAUGCCUCCAGUUCGAGAAGGUUCAACAGUAAUCCCUCGACCUCCUCAUCAUCAAAUCCGGUAACUCAAAGGAGGUAUGUUCCCAAUCAACCCUUUUCGCAAGUAGAGAUUGGCAGCCCUCCAGGUAAUGAUCCUUAUGCCAGAUUUGGCCAGCUUAUGCCAGGAUCGCCAUUCACUCCUCAUGUCUCCCAGAACUCUUCAAGUCGCUUAGGGCAGCAACCUCCUCAACGGUCCAAUCAUGGGAGACCAAACGCUGGAAGGUCUAUGGAUAGGAAUCACAUAAAUGCUCAGCUUCCUCCGUCCAACACUAGUUCUGGGGGUCAACGCUCACCCAGAGGAGGACGUAGGAGUAACCAUCAUGUCCCGAAUGUUCCAUCGACGUCUCAUGGAAGGAUGGACUAUGGAAGUAUUGCAUGAUUCCGCAGUUAUAUAACUCUCAAUUAUUUUGUUAUUUCACUUGUGUGCAAUUUUCUUACUGGAAGUUUGGGAACAAAGUUGUACUGAAACAAAACUAAUUCAUGGCUUGUGAUCAGAAAAUGCUUUAUUCAUUGUGCUUUCUGCACAAAUAAACCCAAAAAAAGAAAACAGUUUGUUGACAAUGACAUCGUUGUCUCUGGUUAUCGGAAU